AUGGAUACGCAAAGGUUGCAGGAGUUUUUCGAUAGCGUUGCCCAAGUUAUUGGCGAAGCCAAUGUCUCUCGUCAGCCUUCUUCGGGCGGAUUGAAGGGUCCUUUGGGCUCGACAGCCUAUGGUGACCCCUUUGCAUCUCCCGCAAACCAUGACCCCUGUGGAGCCGUGCGUCCGAAGAAUGUCGACGAAGUUCGUGAGAUCGUUCGACUGGCGAAUCAAUAUGUCAUCGCUCUGUGGACGGUUUCUCGCGGUAAAAACCUCGGAUACGGGGGCUCUGCACCAGUCGUUAAGGGAACCGUUGUCCUGGACCUGCAUCGAAUGAACACGAUCGUCGAAAUCAAUGAGGAGUACGGCUACGCUAUUGUAGAGCCGGGCGUCUCCUUCUUCGAUCUAUAUGAAGAAAUUCAAAGACGGCGUCUCAAUCUCUGGCCAUCCGUACCAGCCAUUGGCUGGGGCUCCGUUCUUGGAAAUACUACGGAUCGUGGGUUUGGCUAUACACCUUUAGGAGACCAUGCUCAGGCACAAUGUGGUAUGGAAGUUGUUUUGCCGAAUGGCGAGUUGCUGCGGACUGGCAUGGGUGCGAUGGAGGGCAGCCAGAUGUUUGCACUUUAUAAAGGCGGCUUUGGUCCCAGCGUGGAUGGACUCUUCUUCCAGUCUAACUUGGGUAUUGUCACAAAGAUAGGCAUCCAGAUGAUUCCCGCCCCGGAAGCCUACGCCACUGUCGAAGUCGAUGUGCCCCAAGAGUCUGAUCUCGUGGCCCUUGUGAGCAUCCUAUCAGACUUGAUGCGUCGCUCCGUCAUACUCAAUUCCCCGUCAAUUGCCAACAUCUUUCGCAUCGCGCUCACAUCGCGAGUCCCAAGUGUACACGAGAAGCUGCAAGAAUACAUGAAACCAAACAGCUGCGUACCAUAUGAUGUACUCGAUGGAAUCCGUGUUGAGCAAAAGUGGGGUUUUUGGCGAGCAUAUUUCUCCCUGUACUCGCAGGUUGAGUUGCUUCCCGGACUACUCCAAACUACCCGCAGAGCAUUCAACGCCAUCCCCGGGGCUACUAUGACUUGGCGAGAGUUCUCCGGAAAACCGGGCGAGUCUAUUACGACCGCUACCAUCAAGGAAGAAGAAAUUCCCCACAGUGGUAUUCCAACACUCGCACCACUGGAAAUUCUCAACAGUCGCCAGAAGCCGGGCAGUCACAUCGACUACUCUCCUCUAUUCCCACCUUCCGGUCGAGAGCUGUACGAGUGGUAUCUCAAAGCCAAGCAGCGAACAGUCGAUUCCAAGUUUGACUUCUUCGCAGAUUUCCAUGUGUUCCCCAGACAUGUGAUUGGUAUCGAGUUGAUCAUCUACACUGACGAAGAGGUUAAGAGGGUUGAUGAGCUCAUGCGUCACGUUAUUCGUGAUGCAGCUGAGAUGGGGUAUACUGCAUACCGUACUCAUCUUGAUUAUAUGGAUGAGGUUGCUUCGCAUUUCAACUUUAACGGCGGGGCUCUGAAACAGAUUUCUUGGAUCCCAGGGGAAUUCUGUCCCCAGGCAAAUCUGGAAUUUGGCCAUACGGCGAACUGA